AUGAAUGCUAUUGAGAAGUUAGACAAAAUUUUACGACGUCUAAGUAGCAAGACUCGACGUACUACUACAAGACGUGUAAACUGUUAUCCAGAAGUGUCCAGUUCAGGUAGUGAUGAAGAUGCUUUAGUAGAACCACAAACGGAUACCUCAAAAAAUGACCGUAAAAGUGGCAGUAACCGUCGGACACAUUUGAAGCCUGUAGUGCCGACCAUUCAGAAUAUCGGGACGACAACAGUAACGGAACAAUCCUCAGAACAACUGGAAAGAGCAUAUAAUCUGCAUCAACAGCAAUUACAGUACGACAAGCAGAAGACUGAAGAGGAUGAGCAUCUGAAGAUUUUGGAAGCUCCUGAUGGCCAAAUGUUAAGUGGUAACAACUGCGAGACUUUGAAACCACUAUUGCCAUCUUCAAGGUUGCCAGGCCAGGCUACAGCGAGCUCCGCCACUCACGAAAAGUCAUGUGAAUCCGAAGAUGCCGAUUACGUAUCCGAUUAUUCUACCUAUGGGAUGCAGCGGAGUGCAACACGGAAAUCCGUUUACGAAUUGGAUAUGUCUAUGGAUGAAUCGUUGCCGGAAUCAUGUGGACGUGAAAGUGGUUACUUAUCGGGGAUUGAUGUGCGCUACAGCAUGUCGGCUGCCGAAUCACCUGCCUUGUCACCGCUUGGAGUAACUUUUUCUCGGGCUCAACCGCUCUUCCAGCGUACGCUUGAAACGAUCAUACAGCAAUCUUUUGAUAGUGAAGAGUUGCAAAAGAACGAAAAAGGUAACCUGAAAGUGGUUGCCAUUCCACGACAAGUUGACAUUGCAAGAGAUCUGAAGCUUCAAGAUGAGGAAGCCAAGAUACCGGAUUACAUAAGUACUGAAAAGCUACUCCGGGAUAGUGUUGCGGAAACAAAGUACAUAACAACAAUUUUUGAGCUUUCAUCGGGUGGUAUCAUUAGUCUUAUUGAUGAUGUCCUUAACGAAUUUAGUUUGUGGUUCCAUGAAGAGAUUGGCCUUCUUGGAAUUGCAUGUGAGGUGCAAUGGUCCGUACCGGAGGAACACCGUCAUCUUGCCUCCGAAAAAAGAAUGAAAGAAGCUCUCCAUCAUUCACUUCGGCAAAACAACCGCCGUGUAUUAAACAUGAAAAGUAAAACUGGUAACUAUUAUUUGCCGUUAACGAUGAUAUCAGCUAUAACAGAGGAAAAUUGUGCACGCGAUUGUCAAUUAAAUUGCUUUCAAGGUGUUUAUCGUCGUUUCUACACAUCGUUGUUGCCGUAUCAACACACAGACGCAAGUGUGUGGCAUAGACCGUACUGGAGUUUGCGUGAUACCAGCCGAUCAAAUUCACAAAAGCCAAAUCUGGAGCAGUUCAUUUUUGGACGUGAUGCGACUAAACUUGAUGUUGGCAGUUUGGUUGCUGUCAAUGUUGUCGCACUGAAAAUUGUACUAUAG